UUGGUAUAUAUAUGUCAAUGGGUACAAUACCAAGUAACUUUUCGUAAAGUAUCGGUACACUCCUUUAAUAGCCGAAAGCACGCAAUAAUCACACCGCUUCAAUAGCUGUCAGUGAAGAAAACGUUUAGACAACCUCAUUCCAAGCCCUGGGUUUCGCUCUGUCAUCAUAGCGAAUAUCCGUGGAAGUGGAACGAGUUGGCCCAUUUCGAUACUAAUAACAGGCUUGAGUGGGGAUGGAGUUGGGAUUAGUUGCCUACAGCCUACUUGUAUAAUACCUGAAUAAAAUUAUACCUAAGAAUCGUGAGCAAGUAAUUUCUAAAUCGUCAGCGAACUAUUUGACUUUGAGAGGGCUUUUUAUUGCAUUGAUCUAGAUUAUUUUUAAUUAAAGGGUUACUUCUCAAAGACAUUAAGUUAUAUUAUUGUAAUUCACGCUUCUAAGUGUAAAAAAUGUUCAUACUUUGAAAUUUGAAUGUAGAAUGAUUUUUCUUGCUAAAUAUAUUAGAAUGUAUAUAUUUCAAGGCUAUUUGACGUAUUUUUACUAAUGACAAUAAUUGAAACUUGAAAUAUAUAUUUAUAAACUGGAAACACUUUCUGGAAUGCUGAAGUUGUAUUAAGAUCAGCGUUAAAUUCCAAAUUCCAGUGUAAAAUUCCCAAAGGAAUAAAUUACCCAUAUUGACCAAUAAGGAAACGAGUUCGUGAUAUGAAAACUUUGAAAUAUUUUGGCGGUUUGUUUUAAAUUUGAAUAGGAUUCGUUAGAGGAACAUUGAAGAAUUCCCUCGGGAAUUUCGACUCUUUAAAUUUCGGCUUUUUUCGGACAUUCGAAUGAAAAAAUAAAAGACAUUUGGUUUAAUAAGGAAUAUAAUUGCCGAGAUGAGCGAGGAUUAUGCAAGUAUUGUAAUUAUCAAGCGAACUGGAGCUGAUGGUCCACGAUUUCCCCUGCGACGAAGCGAUUGCUUGUUUGGAAGGGACACUACGUGCGAUUUACGUGUCCAGUUACCCGGAGUUGCUUUGGAACACGCGAAGGUGUCCCGCUCUGAAAACAAUAAAUUUUACUUGGAAAAUCUAACAGAUAGUGAAACAAUGAUAAAUGGUGACCCUAUGAAAGAAUCUGUUGGCCUUAGCAACAUGGAUGUUUUCUCGAUUGCUGGCAGGUCAUUUCGAUUUGAAUGUGAACAGCCGAAAAGAAAGAGCUUAGGGAAGAAGAGGACGUCCUUGAAUAACCCCGCCAUCGGGCGCCUCGUUUCACCUUUGAAGGAAGCCAACCGUAUCGUGAAAGACAGUCCACGUAAUCCUGUGCAGCGUCGAGCGUCGCUGAGAGAAAGCCUGGGAAAACUCAGACGAUCUUCCACUACAUUUCAAGAGGUGAAGGAACCAGUUGAAAGAACUCCUGAGAAAGUGAACGAGCAACCAAAUCCACCACUCCCGUGCCGGGCAUCUUUGAGAGAGAGUUUAGGCAACUUGAGAAGAUCUUCCGUUGCGCUCCUCGAAGUAGAAGAACCUUUGGAAAACGAGAAAACUGAAGAAGACUUCCUUCCCGUAUCGCGUCGCUCGUCUUUACGAGAAAGCAUUGGAGGAUUGAAACGGUCAUCGGUGUCUUUACAAGAAGUAGAGGAACCUUUGACAAAUACACCUAAAGAAGAACAGGCCUUCGUCGGUAUGGUGAACUCGGCUGUAUCUAACUCCAAGGCUAACACUCCAUUAUCCACGAGGAAACUGAGGAAACGCGUGUCCUUUGGUCCAAAGUUAAGUCCAGAGCACUUUGAUAAGACCCUGCCCGUUUCGACACCGAUCAAGAAAGGUUCCAAUCCACGGAGACUGUCCGCGCCGUUGUCGAAACCUUGCAUUAGUCCAGCAAGAAGAAGAUAUAGUGUCGCCACGCCGUCGUUCGUCUCGAGGAUCGAGGAAGAAGUUGAAGAGAGUGAUGAAGCUAGUGAUGAAGAAGAGCAUCCUGUGAAGCCGGACAGUCCUGCCGUCGAAAUCGUUGAGGUAUUCCAGACCGAUCGACCGAGAAUGGCGACCCCUUUGAGAGAUGAGAUCAAGCAAGGAAAGCAAUUACGUGGGAAAGACAAGAAAAUGGCGACACCGUUAAAGAAUGCGAUUAAGCAAGGUUUCCGUUUGAAAGCGAGCAAAAAUAAGAUGCAUACGCCUUUGAGGGAAGAGAUUCGGGCUGGUCGUAAGCUAAAACCUACCAGAAAGCGGUUAGGCACUCCGGUUCGUAAAGCCAUCGAGUCCAGGCCGAAGUUAAGAACCACCAGAAUGAGAAUGUCAACACCACUUCGGAAAGAGAUCGAAACGAGACCGGCGCUGAGGGAGACCAAGAAAGUGAUGGCAGAAUCUUUGCAAGAUGAGAUCAAGUCUGGAAGGAAAUUCUUGAAGAUUAAAAGAAGAAUGAAAAGCGAGGUACAAGAUGAAAUCGUCGCCGGGAAGGAAUUGAACCAGACGAAAAAGAAGAUGGCGACCGAGCUUCAAGCAGAGAUUACAAAAGGCGUUCAACUACGACCCACCAAGAGGAGAAUGCCGACGAUGCUUCAAGACGAGAUCAAGGCCGGUGUCAAUCUUUCCAAAACGAAGCAGAGCUUGAAGACUCCGUUAAGACAAGAGAUUGAAACUGGCGUCAACUUGCGAAAGACAAAACGGCGAAUGGGAACCAUGUUGCAAGACGAGAUAAAGUCCGGAGUUGAACUGUCUAAAACAAAACAGAGCUUGAAGACUCCGCUGCGAAAGGAGAUUGAGUCUGGCGUCGACCUCCGAAAAACCAAACGACGAAUGGGAACCAUGUUGCAAGACGAGAUAAAGUCCGGAGUUGAACUGUCUAAAACAAAACAGAGCUUGAAGACCCCGUUAAAAAAAGAGAUCCAGGCUGGAAUUAAUUUGCGAAAGACGAAACGACGAAUGCCGACUAUGCUUCAAGAUGAGAUAAAGUCCGGAAUCGAACUGUCUAAAACAAAACAGAGCUUAAAGACUCCGUUGAGAAAAGAAAUUGAAACUGGCGUCGACCUCCGAAAGACCAAGCGACGAAUGGCGACCAUGUUGCAAGAUGAGAUAAAGUCCGGAAUCGAACUGUCGAAAACAAAGCAAAGUUUGAAAACGCCAUUGAGAAAAGAAAUUGAAUCUGGCAUGAAGUUACGACCCACUAAGCCUAAGGAGGAAAAGCAACCUGACACGUCAUCAAAGACACCCAAACGUCGCUUUUCCAACAUCGAUGAUAAUCCCACACAAUCUGCAAGAAAGAAGAUAAAGACUCCUUUGAAAAUUCCACAGCGAGCGGGCUUUUUCCCCAGCACAAGAUCCAAGACACGCUCCAUUUCCCGUCGUAGAAAGUCCACGAAGAAGCCAAGUUACGCGGAAAUAGUGAAACGUCAGAAGCUUGUUGCCAAGCGACGAAUGUCCACGAAGAGUGUCCUCAACUUUGAAGCAGAGCAAAAGGCAUCGUCAACUUCAAAUCAAAAUACAAAACCGAAAUCAACUACAACUGCAACUGAAAAAAUCAAGAGGAAGAGCAAGACCCCUUCUCGAAGAAAGAGUCUAGCCAAAAACGCUAAAGUUUUCGAUGGUAAAACUGGAGGAGAAUGGAACGUUGUGGUGAACAAGAGGAAGAUAUUAAGAAUUAAAAGGCAAAGAGCAGUCAAGUUGCAGCAGCAACAAAACGAUGAACGCCGCAUCGGGACAAGAUCCUCUUCAGGCGACGAAAUCUUCUAUGAUAUAGCACAGCUUAUGAAGACGCCGAACGUGAAACAAAAUCAAGAACCUGACAUCGAAGGCGUUGCAGAGUUGUUUGAGGCGUUUGAAAUGGCUUCGCCGAUAGCGGCCACAGGUACACCAUCCUUGAGAAGAACAUCUGAUCGUGUGAGCGUUGUCACUCCUUUGUCCAUCGACAAAACGCCUUCGUUGCGAAUGAAAGAAAGUGGGUGCGAUGUCGUUGUCCCGUUACAACUUUCAAGCACUCCCUCUCUGCGAAAAUGUCCCGACGUUUUGACAGUUGUGUCGGCAGAGGAGCCUCAACUUACUCCGUCACUUCGAAGAGUCUCGGAGACUUUGACUGUGGCGUUCGCAGACGAAGGAAAACUGACUCCGUCGCUGAGGAGAGGUUCGAAUAAUCUAACCGUCGUGGCAGCCGAGACACCAAAGCAUACCCCGUCUCUGAGAAGAGCAGGAACCGCUGAGAAGGUAGUGCUGUCAUCCCCACUUCACGUGGCUGUCACUCCGUCAUUAAAGAAAAGUCCAGCUGCAGUUGUUGUCGAAACGACACCGGCUCAAGAGACAUCCGCGACCAUCCCUACAGAGAUUGUCAAGUCUGGCUCCACACCUAAGAUCGUAGCUGUUGUUUCCCCCUUCCCUGCAGUACAACCUACCUCCUCCGCACCUCAACUCGCGUUCCCCUUAGCAGAACCCACGCCAUUAGAGAUGGUAACCGCUCCUGUUACAUCAGAACCUUCCCCAACAAAAGAAACCCAGUCCACGGAAGAUUUAUCAUCCGAACUGCUCGACGAGGAACAAUUACCAUCGAAGAGAUCCACGCGAUCCGUUAAACGCAAAGUUCAACCCGAUUCGCUUCCUCCAACAAAACGCCCUCGUCGCGCAACCUCGCGGAAUACUGCCGCCAAAGUUGGCGAAGAAAAGUCCGAAUCUAGAAACGUGCCCGUUGAUGAUGCCGUGGCGCCAAAACACCAGAUUCCAAAGAGAACCAGUGCACGAUCUGCUAAACAGCAGCGCGCUGCACUUGAUACGAAAGAGAAUGUUCAGCAGAAGAUUGUUGAAGUUGUGGUCUUGGAACAAGAAGAGGCUGAAGGUGAAGUCGCACCGAAGGUUAAAAGAAGCACGCGUGCCUCUCGCAAUCGCGCAAUACAGCCCACACCUUCGUUACCAGACGUCGUCCCGAGUUUAACUCAACCUCCUCCUCCUGAGAUGAAACCCUCUCCAACUAUGAUGGAGCCUUCGCUUCAAAUGGUGCCCAUCCUCUUCGCAGUCGAUUUGAGAUCCAAUCCAGUGAAAAAAAGUGAAGAAAUUUCAAAAUCCAAGAAGACAAGAUCGACACGAUCGAAACACAGUGUCGAGCCGGAUACCCUGGAGACAACGACACGCACGCGCCGUACCACAGCACGCAACAACAACACGGAUCCCGAUGUCGACAAAAAGAGCGAAUCGCCAAGCGAGGUGUCGAAUGGUAAGCGAAGUACGAGAUCUCGAAAAACCGAUGACAAAAAUACCGUGGCAUCUGGAUCACGGUUGCGUAGGGGCACCAGAGAAAGAUCACAACAGCCAGAAGUCGAUGAGUCCGAGAAAAUGGUCGAAGAAGCCGAAACUAAGCCAGAAAGAAACACUCGUUCCAAGCGUGGCAAAUCCGCUAGUGGAAAGGGGAAGACGGAGACGCGGGGGAAGGCCAACCCAACAUCUAAAGUCGCCACCCGCUCUGGGAAGAGCAAGAAUGUUCCCGGGAUACCAGAGACACCUCAGCCUUUGAGAUUCACUCGAACACAAUUGGAACCCAUCGUUGAAGUACCGACACCGCUUCCAACACCUGCUUCGUCGCUACGCGGCAGCGCCUCAAAGAAGUUGUUCGUCCUGGCAGAAAACAGCUCAUCGCGAAGUGGAAGGAACAUCACUACAGUCGUCGAAGAACAAGCACAGCUAAAUGACGAGAUUUCGAAAAGCAAUGCCGCAUCAAAACUGCGAAGAAAACGUGCUGCUCCUGAAGGAAAAGUUGAUGAGAAGAACGAAGCAUCAAAGGAAGAGAACGCUCCGUCAAAGAAGCGUGUGACGCGUUCUAAGAGAGAUAACGACGUGGUCGCUAUCGAGGCAAGCCUGCCUAGCUCAAAACGACAGAGAAAGGAAAGCGCAGAGCGUGAUGAGAAAAAAGAUGACGAAGAGACUAAGAAACGUGUGACUAGACGGAAACGAGGUGCCCAGGAGAAGAAAGUUGUGGAAGAGAUAACCAUCAGCAACGUAAAAUCGACUCGGAGAAACAAAGCCGCCGUUAAAGAAGUUGAAAUCUUGGAGGAGACGGUCGUGAAGUACACAAGAACAACGAGACAGAAAGGAAAGCUCGUGCGGGAAGAAAAUGGCAGCCCACAAGCACCGGUGGAAAAGGGGAGGAGAACCCGCAAGGGGAGCAGCAGUCAGACAACCGAGGAGAGCUCUGGUAGGAAAACUCGUGGAAAAAGAGCAACGGUAAAAGAGAGUGAAAAUGUUGAAAUACCAGUCGAGAAGAAUGCGAAAGGUGGUCGAAGACAAGCCAAAGGAAGUAGGAAAACACCAGAAAAGGUAACUGAGCUGGUACCAAGAGUGACUAGGAGCCGUCGAGGUGCUCAAUGAACUGUAGGUUAGGGACAACUUAACCAUUUCCCCAUUUGAAAUUAUUGGUUAUCAAGCCAUUAAUCAUUAAAACAACCUCGCAAGCUUCAAGCAAUUUCAUAUUUCAGUGACUAGACUAUUACAGUAAUUGUUGACUGGGUGUUUUAUUAGUAUUCAUAUGCUCUUCUUGGGACCAAUAGUUAUUGAAUAUUUUGCCAUGAAAGUAAUCUUUAGGACUAUAAAAGACACAAAUAGUAACCAAUAAUUUUCACUAUGAGGAUAUCUUCGGUUGAACAGAUGGACAUGCAGUUCUUGUCCAGCAAUUCCUAGGGCUGUACAAAAAACUUUGUUCUUUACAAUAUAUCUCAUUCUUACCAUUUUCAAACAUCACUGUAUAUAAGUUCAUUUAAAUCACAGUAGGGUAUUGUGGACUUCUAGUUGAUAUAAUCAUAUGUAAUAUAUACAAAAAAGGGGGAGAAAGGAAAAGGCUUUAAAUAUAUUGAGCUUUCUGUUUGUAAAUUGUUCAAAUAUAAGUAAAGUUUCUGA